AUGAAACCGAAAGCGGGGAAGGGGGGUGUGGUGGAAGGGAGGCCGGGUCAGCAGCGCCCGUCCCCUUCCCUAGGCCAGGGCGCAGCCCUCGCCCCCCCGGGGACCAGCGAUCGGGGCGCGUCGCUGACAGCCCGGCAGGAAAACGAAACCCCGGGCGCGCGUCGGACAGAGCGAGCCCGGCCUCCUGUCGCGCCGCGCGGGCCGGGCAUGGACGUGUACCGCACCCCCGCCGCCGCGCUGGACAGGCUGGUGGCCCGCAGCCUGCAGCUGCCCGGGGACUUCGUGGAGGCCGCGCGGCGCGCCCUGGGCACCCUGGGCACCGUCCUGCGGGAGCGCGGGGGCCGCCCGGGCGCCACCGCCCCGCCGCGGGUGCUGAAAACCGCCAAGGCUCCUCGGAGGAAGGGCAGGUUCCAGGGCUACAGUGGGAUGUACGAGAUGAGCCUGGGCCUUCUGGGAGGCUCCUCUGGCCGGGGCACAGCUCUCAGGGGUGGCUGUGAUUUUGAACUUGUCGUCUUCCUCGACUGCUUCAAGAGCUAUGAGGACCUGGGGACCCACCGUGCAGAGAUCCUCAAGGACAUGCGGGUGCUGCUAGAAUCCUGGUGGCGGGACCCAGUCCCCAGCCUGAGCCUUGAGUUUCCUGAGCAGGGCGUGUCCGGGGCCCUGCAGUUCCGACUGACAUCUGCAGAUCUGGAAAACUGGAUGGAUGUUAGCCUCGUGCCUGCUUUCGAUGUCCUGGGGCAGCUCACCUCCAGCGUCAAACCCAAGCCCCAGGUCUACUCUACUCUCCUCAACAGCGGCUGCCAGGGGGGUGAGCAUGCAGCCUGCUUUGCUGAGCUGCGGAGGAACUUCGUGAACACCCGCCCAGCCAAGCUGAAGAACCUGAUCCUGCUCGUUAAGCACUGGUACCGCCAGGUGUGCCCAGCAGCGGGGAAGGAGACUCUGCCCCCCGCCUACGCCCUGGAGCUGCUGACCAUCUUCGCCUGGGAGCAGGGCUGCGGGAGGGACGCCUUCAGCCUGGCCCGAGGCCUCCGGACUGUCCUGGGCCUGAUCCAACAGUACCAGCACGUGUGUGUCUUCUGGACCACCCACUACGGCUUCGAGGACCCUGCUGUUGGGCGGUUCUUGCGGAGGCAGCUUGAGAGACCCAGGCCUGUGAUCCUGGACCCGUCUGACCCCACGUGGGACGUGGGCAAUGGGGCAGCCUGGCAUUGGGAUAGGCUAGCCCGGGAGGCAGAGUCCUGCUACAACCAGCCGUGCUUUUUGCAGGCGUCUGGGGUCCCUGUGCAGCCCUGGGAAGGGCCGGGCCUUCCACGUGCCGGGUGCUCAGGUUUGGGCCACCCCAUCCAGCGAGGCCCUAACCAGGGGACCCCUGAAGACAGCGAGAGCCUCAAUGCUAUGCACCUAAGGGCAGGGAGCAAACCACCCUCAUGCCCAGCUCCUGGCCCCUCGCAGACAGCCAGCAUCACCCCGUCUAUGUUGGGGACAACCUCAGAUCUGUCUCAGAUCCCCACCAAAGAGCUGGACCGCUUCAUCCAGGACCACCUGAAGCCAAGCCCCCAGUUCCAGGAGCAGGUGAAAAGGGCCAUCAAUGUCAUCUUGCGCUGCCUCCAUGAGAACAGUGUCAGCAAGGUCUCAAGAGUCAGCAAGGGGGGCUCAUUCGGCCGGGGCACGGACCUAAAGGGCAGCUGUGAUGUCGAACUCAUCAUCUUCCUCACCUGCUUCACCGACUACAAGGGCCAGGGGACCCGCAGUGCAGAGAUCCUUGGUGAGAUUCGGGCACAGCUGGAAUCCUGUUGGCAGCUCCAGGUCCCAGACCUGAGCCUGAGAUUUCCUGAGCAGAGUGCACCUGAGGCCUUGCGGUUCCAGCUAGUGUCCACAGCCCUGGAAAGCCAGAUGGAAGUUAGCUUGCUGCCCGCCUUUGAUGCCGUGGGGCAGCUCAGCUCUGGCGCCAAACCUAACCCCCAGGUCUACUCGACCCUCCUCAACAGUGGCUGCCAGGAAGGUGAGUGUGCGGCCUGCUUCACGGAGUUGCGGAGGAACUUCGUGAACACCCGCCCAGUCAAGCUGAAGAACCUGAUUCUGCUCGUGAAGCACUGGUACCACCAGGUUGCAGCUCAGAACAAAGGAGAAGGGCCAGCCCGUGCCUCUCUGCCCCCAGUCUACGCCCUGGAGCUCCUGACCAUCUUUGCCUGGGAGCAGGGCUGUGGGAAGGACCGUUUCGACACGGCCGAAGGCCUCCGGACUGUCCUGGGGCUUGUCCAACAGUAUCAGCAACUCUGUGUCUACUGGACAGUCAACUAUAGCACUGAGGACCCAGCUCUGAGAACCCACCUUCUUGGCCAGCUUCGGAAACCCAGGCCCCUGGUCCUAGACCCUGCCGACCCCACCUGGAAUGUGGGCCAGGGGAGCUGGGAGCUGCUGGCCCAGGAAGCAGCAGCGCUGAGGACACAGGCCUGCUGUACGAGUAGAGAUGGGACACCUGUGCAAGCCUGGGAUGUGAUGCCAGCACUCCUUUACCAAACCCCAGCCGGGGACCUUGACAAGUUCAUCAGUGAAUUUCUCCAGCCCAACCGCCAGUUCCUGGCGCAGGUGAACAAGGCCAUCGAUACCAUCUGCUCAUUCCUGAGGGAAAACUGCUUCCGGAAUUCUCCCAUCAAAGUGAUUAAGGUGGUCAAGGGUGGCUCUUUAGCCAAAGGCACAGCUCUGCAAGGCCGCUCAGACGCUGACCUAGUGGUGUUCCUCAGCUGCUUCAGCCAGUUCACUGAGCAGGGGAACAUGCGGGCCGAGAUCAUCUCAGAGAUCCGAGCCCAGCUGGAGGCAUGCCAGCGGGAGCAACCGUUUGAGGUCAAGUUCGAGGUCUCCAAAUGGGAGAAUCCCCGAGUGCUGAGCUUCUCACUGACAUCCCAGACGAUGCUGGACCAGAGUGUGGACUUCGACGUGCUGCCAGCCUUUGACGCCCUAGGUCAGCUGGUCUCCGGCUCUCAGCCCAGCCCUCAGGUCUACGUCAACCUCAUCCACAGCUACAGCAACGCGGGCGAGUACUCCACCUGCUUCACCGAGCUGCAGCGGGACUUCAUCAUCUCUCGCCCCACCAAGCUGAAGAGUCUGAUCCGGCUGGUGAAGCACUGGUACCAGCAGUGCAACAAGAUGCCCAAGGGGAGAGGCUCCCUGCCCCCCCAGCAUGGGCUGGAACUCCUGACAGUGUAUGCCUGGGAGCAGGGUGGACGGGACUCCCAGUUCAACAUGGCUGAGGGCUUCCGCACAGUCCUGGAGCUGAUCACCCAGUACCGCCAGCUCUGUGUCUACUGGAGCAUCAACUACAAGGCGCAGGAUGAGAUUGUCGGAGAUUUCCUGAAACUGCAGCUUCAAAAACCCAGGCCCAUCAUCCUGGAUCCGGCUGACCCGACAGGCAACCUGGGCCACAAUGCCCGCUGGGACCUGCUGGCCAAGGAAGCUGCAGCCUGCACAUCUGCCCUGUGCUGCACAGGCAGGGAUGGCACCCCCAUCCAGCCAUGGCCAGUGAAGGCUGCUGUGUGAAGUCCAGGAAAUCAGUGGUCAUACUGGAUGGACAGAAGAUAGACACCAGCCCUCAGCAUGAGGAGACUCAGGGUCCCCUGCCAGAUGAGUGUGUGUGUGUGUGUCUCAGUGAAUCCACUUUCCCUGCUCACACACUCUGCUGUCCCCUGUGGCCUGUGCACAGGGGUUAGACUCCAUGGUUUGGGACCAGCCUGCAUUUGCAGCUUCUCCAUCACCCCAUGACUCUGUCCUCAUACCCACCAGGGCUGCAUCCCACCCCUGCUGAGAAAGCCCCCCUCCUCCCUGACUUCCAUCUGCCCAUCCAAACAAGCUCACAUUCUUCCUCCUGCUGCAACCCAUCCCUACCUCCCAAUGGCCUCACCUUCUUCCCAAACCCAAACGCCUUUUACAGGGAUGACAUGGAGUUUCCAUCUCAUUUAUCAGCCAUAAUCAUUUGGUGCUGGCUGCCUGGAGCCCUAUGUUCUGAAGAAUUUUAAAGAAUAGACACUUAGCUAAGAAGAGUGGCUUAAUCAAUUAGUGAUGUCUGCCAUGGAUGCAGUAUAAGAACAUGGUGGUACAAGUGCCAUAAUUGAUUAGCAAUGUCUGGCCUGGAUGCCAAAAGGAGAAGGUGCUCACAGGCCUACAGUGUGUGUCUGGGCUAUUCAGAAGCUCUCUGAGCUCAGUUGCUAGCAGGAGAGCAUGCCCAGAUCUGCUUGUUUUGUCUGCCACAGACACAGAGAGAGGGAGUGGGGGGAAUGGAUGCUAUGGGGACCCUCUCAGGGGACACAUAACUGGCUGCCUUUGCAUCAGAGGCCUCCUUUUCUUUGCCUUGCCUGCUGCACUCCUUCCCCAGUUUACGCAUCUGGAUGCCACGGCUCAAUUUGCCUUCCUGAAUUUUUACUGGUUCCUGUUUUCUCUCCUAACCUGCUGGAAUGCCACCAGUAGGAUUCUACAUUCCCAGAGCCUAAAGCUGAGCCAAUGCCCAACAACAGUGCUCAGCCCGUUUCCCUCUGCCCUCCAGAGCAAAUCCACCAGGCCCAUGCAGGAGGCACUCUUGACCUCAAGUCCAAUGACAGUGUCCACAUCAGUCAAGGCUCAGCCCAGAAAACAGGAAGCACUCCAGAAAUCUUAAGCACAGUGGGAUCUCAUCCAAAUCACUGGACAGGGAGGACAAACAGAAGGCAGGGGCCACCACUGGACUACUGGUUUCAAGAUUAGACCACGGUAGCCACAUCAAGGUCAUGGAGUUGCUACUGCUGCUGCUGCUGCUACCACCGUCCCUGCCCCACAUGGACAAAGCUGGGGUCCAACAGGGCCAUGGACUCCUGCAGCCACAAACAUGUCAGGGCUUGUCAGCUGAUGACAAUGAGCCUUCCCUCGUUGUCAUCACUCUUGGAGAGAGGAGAGUGCUGAAGACCAGCUCCUCUGCUCCACCUAGAGCCUACAGAGACAGAGUGGGUGAGGACUCAGAGGGCAAGACCUCCUACUACCUGUGCCACUUUGACAGCCUCCAUCCCUGUCCCUGCUCUUGGUGCUGAACCAACGUUGAGAAAACUGAGGGUGUUAAUAAAGUCUUCUUGGAACUGGACUCACCUUGCAGACUGGCUGGCAAUCUGAGCCUAGAACUCUGAGGACCCAAAAUUUCACCCCUUGAAUUGGCCCUGGCUGCUGCCACACACAUUUCCGAGAGCUCAGAGCAAACGCUUAUGGGCAGCAGAGACCUGCCCUGCCAAGUCGUUCAGCAGCAGAGUGGCCCUGGCCUGGGCACCACAAGCCGUCCGUGCUCCUCCUGGGUGGACCAGGUGGUGGGUUCCAAUUCAGCACCUCCCAUCCCCACUGCACGGACUCUGGGUCUCCCCUUUGAAGUGGUUCCAAAAUUAGGGUAAUUGUGAGAUGGUGGGAACCAGGUUGUCAUUGGGACAGGGCAGAGAGGAGGUCUCACUGAUCCCAGCGGGGGCAUAUUUCAUUCUAGUCCCUCAGUCUUUGACGAUGGCCACUUUGGCAUUGGCAUAUUGGCCCCGCAGUAACUUUGGGGGACUUCCCAGUAUAGCCACACCCUUGGACAGAAGGACUUGACCUCAUAAAGAUAUCAGUCAGUUCUCCCUAAGUUGAUUUGUAACUUAAUGAUCAUCCUCAAAACACCCACAUGCACUUUUCUGUAGAAAUAGACAAGUUGAUAGUAAAGUUCUUAUGGAAAAAUAUACCCGUAAGAAAAUUUUGGAAAACAGAGAAAAAGGAGAGUUCUGAGGAAGCACCAGCCCUAGCCGAUACCAAAGCGUAAUGUGAAGCCCCUGGUACUGAAACAGCAAUAGACCAAUGGAAUUGGAUGGCUCUUGCCAGGACUCUGGAAAAAAACAACAAAAAACUAAAUGUGAUCGAUCAGCAGUUGAAAGCUGAGCGGGUGAGUCAGAGAGCCUCGUUAGCCCGUAAAAAGGCUCACAUCUCCUGUGGCCUGAAGACCAAGUCCAGAAUUGGAUUGUAAGAAGUGCAGGAUUCCAAAGAAAGUGUUGGGUUUUUUUUUUUUAAUUUUUAAUUUUAAAAAUUUUUGUAUUGAGCUAUAAUGCACAUACCGUAAAUCUCACCCUUUCAAAGUGUACAAUUCAGUGGUGGGAGUAUGUUCACAAGGUUUGUAUUUGAAAUAUUCAUAAGACUUAUAUUCAGUACAUUCACAACAUUCAUCACCCUAAUUCCAGAACAUUCUCAUCACCUCAAGAGUUAAUCCGAAACCCAUUAGUAGUCACUCCCCAUUGCUCCAACCCAUUGUUUCCCUAAUCUCUGGGUACCACUCAUCUGCUUUGUGUAGCAUCUAUAGCAAACAUUUUGUAUAUUAAUAAAUGCCAUCAUACGAUA